GGGAUAGCAAUGCAAAGAAUCACCGUGGUGGUAGCGAUUUUGCUCCCGGAUAAGAAGUCCUGCGCCGCCGUAAGACACAUCUCGUCGUAAACCAUGGUCAAAAGCCCAAAGGCGAAGAACCACAACACAGGGAGGUGAAAUACAGACCAUGUUGGCGCGUGGGCCUGGGUCCUAAUGGCGUCUCGUUCGAUCAAGACCUUUAUCUCACAGUGAGAAUGGAAUCCUAGCAGAUGCCCUAAACUCGCAUCCGAUCUCGCUAAACACUCGCCCGGGGAGCUACUGAGCACCUUAUCGACGCUUCAAAGGCCGAGAUGCCUCAACAGCAACAUCCUUUGCCGAAUGGAUGGGAAAUGACCGUAGACCCGAAUAGUGGUCGGCCUUUCUUCAUCGAUCACAACACUAGAACGACGACAUGGACCGACCCACGAACCAACAAACAAACACCGGUAUCUUUUCCUGCUGCCAGCUCUCAGUCUAUAAGCCAGAAACCAUGGCAACAAUCACCUACGUCAACUCUCCAACGAACUUCCCAGACUAAUAACGAACUGUCAAAUGCAUUGAACACUCACCCCAAGAGAUGGCCACCAGUAAAUACACCACCUCUGAUGUGUCAAGGGCCAGGAAAUUUUGUAUAUGGCACCCAGUUGAAUGUACAAAAUACUGGAGUACCAGGGACAUACUCUAAUAUACCAUCUACACAUUUGCCAAGUUAUAAUCUUCCAAACUCAAAUUUCCAAGCAUGGUUGAACAUCAAAUUAGAGGAGAGUCAAACCAAGGGAAAGGGUAAAAGCACUCAACAAACAGACGGACAAACCUUGAAGUACCAACAACAGAACGCUUUGCAUCAACAGAGCGCUUUGCAACAGCAGAGCACUUUGCAACAAGAAAACAGUUUCCAAGGGUACAGAGACAGAGACGAACCCCCAAAUCCUGGGAGAAUACAGCUAGUAUAUCCUGGGAGUGCACAGACAAGCCCUUAUCCAAUGCCUACUUCUUCUGGACCUUUCCAAGGUAGCUACACUCCGUCGUCAACCCAGCAAAAUUACCCUCCAUCAUUAUCACAGCAGAGCUAUGCACCAGCGACCCAACAAGCCUACCCACUGGAAUCACAACAGAACUAUCCUCCAAUGUCACAGCAGAGCUACUCACCAAUGUCACAGCAAAGUUUCCCACCAACAUCACAACAGAGUUUCCCACGAUCAGCACAACAGAGUUACCCACCAACAUCACAACAGAGUUACCCACCAACACCACAACAGAGUUACCCAUUAACAUCGCAACAGAGUUACCUACCAACAUCACAACAGAGUUACCCACCAACAUCUCAACAGAGUUACCCACCAUCACCACAACAGAGUUAUCCACAAACAUCAAUACAACAAAACUUCCCUCCAACCCAACCACCAAACAACUCUCAGCAAGGAAACUUGCAAUCUGGACCCCCACAGAGUGCACAGCAACCAAUAGGCACACCACAGGGUAACCAUCAAGGCAUGCCACAACACCCAAGUCAAUAUUAUGGUCAGAAAUCCCCAUUCCCUCCUGGUCAAGCCCCUUAUCCAGGAAAUCAGCCACCAGGACCAUUUUCAGUUCAGAACAACACCAGUCAAGUCCAGUCAGCCCCUCCCACAUCGGCAAGUUAUGGACCUUACCCAAGUGCUGAGUAUAAUAAUUAUUAUUCAGGAGGUGACCCGUAUGGCCAGGGAAGGGUGGGGCCUAAGAUGGAUGGCAACAAGCACCAGGGACCAUCUCCACUACCGCAAGCAUCUGCUGACAGGGGACAAACAACUCCUGUAAAUGCUGUACAUCCAGCAGGCAGUAACCCAACUUCAGGGUCUGGAAAUUAUUUUCCAGCACAACCGGGAUACCCAGCAACUAGUACCAUGCCCAGUGGUGCACCUAACACAACUCCGCCAGGUCAGCAACAGUUGCCGGCAAGUGAUGAGAACUUUAAUUCAGGGGAUAAACGGAUGCCUGGUCCCCAGCAAGAGCAUCCACUCUACCCCUCUCAAAAGCCACCUGCACAACCGAACGAUCUUGGAGCUUACCAGAACUACCCUGGACAGGGAAACGUUGGUAGCCAGGGUCCACGAGAGGGGAAUCAGCAAGGCUACCAACAGAAAAUACCUGGAUCUCCUGGACAGACAUUUCCUGGAAAUGGACCACAACAAGCUACUCCUGAACAGCAAUGGUACCCUCAAUCUGGAACAAAUAGCCUACAGUACCAGGGAGCCAUGGCUGGAAACAACCAGCCACCCACAAGCACCAUGCAGUACCAGGAAACUACUAGACAACAAAUGGGAACUACACGUGCUUACCCACCACACCCUUAUGCUCAGGUUCCAGCCCCAUGUGGAAAUGUCCAGCCCCAACAUGGUCAUCCAGGAAUGUACCCUCAGCAUCCUCAAGGCAGUUAUCCCCAGUAUCACGUACCACAGCAGCAAUAUCCUGGACAACAACAACCAGUUAACGGUCCACCUCACCUCUCAUCUGUACCUCAACCACAGCCUCCUACCAGUCGAGGAGGCAGAGCAUCCAGUGCACUUAAGGACUCCAGGAUCAGAGGAAUCGACUAUGUGCUGUGCCAGGCAGAAGAAAUGGAGCCAAGGAUUAUGAACUUUAGUGGCCGCAGAGGUGACAGAGAAUAUCUUCACCUUGACGAGAAACUAACACGAUGCAUCUUAGAGCUAGACAAAGUACAAACAGAAGGAAUGGAGGAUGUAAGAAAUGCGAGAAAAUCUGCUGUACAAAGAAUACAAUCACUCAUUAACUUACUGGAGUCCAAGGGCUGAAUAAUACAUCAAAUGAGGACAUUAUCAUCACCUAUACAUUCUCGCACAUGGGGUUACAAUGGAGACUUAUUGUUUACACUGUCUUAAAUGGGUUUGGAUAGGAAGCCAAAGCUGUCAUAAACUGUUUUACCCUGUGCAUGGAUAAAAUCAAUUUUCAAUAUUUUAUCAAAUUUAAAUCUGACAUGUUUCAAUAUUAUAUUUGUGCCUAUUGUAAAUACAAAUUACUGUAUCUAGUAUUACUAUAAGUUUGACCGUCUUAAAGUUUAUUAUGCUCUCAAUUUUCCUCCAAAA